AUGCCUCCCCUAUCAAUUUCUGCCCUCUUAGACUCCCUCUCAUUAACUUUCGCUCAGCGCUCUCAACUAGAGUUCAUCCUCUCCGAUUUCAUCUCCCUCACUUCAGACGGAAAGGAACCAGCUCGUCACUCUAUCUUAGCCCAAGUCUUCACCCUUGUAUUCGGCGACAAUGCCAUCACCAAGGGCUCCCCUCUCUACGAAGAGCACCGGACCCAGCCAUGGUCCCCAACCUGCUACCUCGCACCCACCGUAAUCCUAACCCCGACAACAGUCCCCCAGGUCCAGCAAGCCCUAGCCCUAAUCCGCUUCCUCAACGCCAAAUUCUCCAUCCGCGGCGGCGGCCACCUCCAGAAUCCCGGAUUCAGUUCCAACGACGGCGGCAUCGUGAUCUAUUUCUGCAAGGGCGAGUUCACGCAGCUUGUUCUUUCGCCGGACAAAGAGACUGUAGAGAUCGGCGUGGGAUUGCGCUGGGCUGAUGUAUAUGAACGGCUCGAUGGAUAUGGCCUUGCUGUUGCGGGGGGUAGAGAGCCCAGGGUUGGAGUGGCCGGCUUACUUCUGAGUGGUGGGCUUUCGUAUCAGUGUGGUGAGGUGGGUGUCGGGUGCAUGGGGGUUGUUGAGUAUGAGGUCGUCCUCGCUGACUCGACGGUUGUCCGCGCCAGCAAACACGAGAACGCGGAUCUCUUUUGGGCAUUGAAGGCGGGUGGUUCGAACUUCGGAAUAAUCACAAAAGUAAUUAUGACAACCCUUCCCAACACCCUGUGGUCCGAGAACAGGCUCUACGACGCCUCGCAGAACACGGCGUUUGCCUCGGCUUUACUGAUCUACCACGACCUCAUCGAGUCUGACAAUAAGUCUUGUCUGAUCUAUCAUACGGUUAAUGACCGGACCUUUGUGACAUUUACAUACUCCGGACCUGUUGAAGGCGACCAUCCGGAGAUCUUCAGGCCAUUCCACCAUAUACCACAUACAGGAUACCUUGUUCCGCCGGGCACCAGGACAGUAUCAGCCAUGGCCAAGGGUGUCUCGGACGUUCUGGAGGGGAGCAAGAUGCUGCACGAAAUGCGCACAACAACAACCCUCCCAGACCUAGAAGUCUACCACGCCGCAGAGCAAGCGCGCCUGGAAGCAAUAACCGCCCUAUCCCAUCUCGACCGCGCAGGCCUAACGAUGGUCAUCCAGCCCAUGACCUCGCACUCCGUAAACGCCGCGCAGGACCGCGGCGGGAAUCCGUUCGGUCUACCGGCGGUUAAGCAUCAAAUAUUCCUCAUCCUAGCCGACUAUACGAACCCCACCGAUGCACCCCUGAUUCAGGAUGCAAUGCGCAAGAUCGUCAAUGCGGUUGGAGGGGUGGCGAAGAAGAACGGGACGUAUCUACCCUUCAAGUAUGCGAACUAUGCAGCGCCGGAUCAGGACCCAUUGGGGAGUUACGGGGCGGCGAAUUUGGCCAGCUUAAGAAUUAUUGCGGGGAAGUAUGAUCCCGGGGGCGUGUUUCAGUAUUUGCAGAACGGGGGGUGGUUGGUUUCGAUGGCUGGUUUGAAGGGAGAGGUAAAAGAGUAG